CAGUAGAGGAUUUUUUUUCCUUUUUGGUCACAAAACUUUAAACUUCUCAUAAGACACAAAUUAUUCAUAUGGUGUUGCAGGCCAUUAGCUUUAUGCUAUUGGGUAUUCUUUGGGAUUUGGGAUUUGAUUUUUCCACCAAAUAAGACUUUUGUGGUGUUUUAGGCUUUUAGCCAUCAAGAAAACCCGAGAUGCCUCUGUUCUUUUCAAUAAAGACAGCAUCUUUUGUGUCCUCUGCAGUUAUCUUUUCUACUAGCUUAGCUGUAUUUCUGGACAAGAAAGGCAUGAUUCAAUCAGUUUGGGGCAUAAUGUCGUCAAAUUGUUAAUCAAUUGUUACUUUCCCAAUACUUACCCAGCUAAUACUAGUUAGAAUCUCUCCAUAAUGAAAUACAGAUUUGUGCUGUAUGAAUUCCAUUAUUCUUCGUAAUUUACACAGAAGGAUUUCCAGUUUCUGCUCUAAUUGGACUCGGUGAUUUCUUUGAGAUUUGAUGGUCACAGACUCUUGGCGAUUCAAUGGGUUGAUGGUUUUUUGACAAUGCGCUUGCUCUGGUGGCAACAACUGCCACUGCUUAUCUUCAUUCAACUCUUACAUCCCAGUAGUAUAAACCACAAUACCUAUGCUGAAGCUUUACUUGCUUGCAAGAGUGCGCUCGACAGUCCUGGACAAUCAAGUGAUAAGAUUGAAAGGUAUCCAUGCAUAAGACAACGGACAUGUCUAAGCUGUCAUAAAGCAAUAAAAGCAGACAAGCAUCAUGUAUCAAGAAACAGGAGGAUAGCAGCUUCAUUAGAUGGAAACAGUGUUCCAACACUGACACCUUUACAACAAGAUAAUGUUAAGAAACCGAGGAAACAGAGAGUAGCUGCCAUAGUUGGUGGAAUUGGCGCAGCUCUGAUUGUUGUGUGCUUCAUGGUGCUUGUGUACAUCUGUUUGAUGCGUAUUAAAAGAUCAAUAAGGCGAACAUCUGAGGCAGAAUCUUCUGUGCCAUCUCCUUCUGCUGAGAUGGAAAGAACAUACCCAUAUGCUGGUGCUGUCUCUCCUAAUGGCAUGCGAAAUUUAAGGCAGUUAGCUAUCUUGGAGCUGAAACAUGCCACAAACAAUUUCAGUGACAGUAACAUCAUAGGUGAAGAUUCAUUUGGUGUAGUUUAUAUGGGAUUGCUUCAAGAUGGUUCAAUGGUGGCAAUCAAGAGACAUUUACAUACCCCAACCCAAAAUUUUGUUCAUGAGGUGAAGCGCAUAGGUCGAGUCCGUAAUAGGCAUCUUGUCAGGCUUGUUGGAUAUUGUGAAGAAAACCACCAGCAGUUUCUAGUCUAUGAUUAUAUCUGUAAUGGAAAUGUUGGAAAUUUCUUAUACGAUGGUGAAGGUCUACCAAUUGGAAAGCUAAAUAUGCGGCAGAGGUUAUCAAUUGCUACAGGUGCAGCAAAAGGCCUUGAACAUCUUCAUAGUUUAGUUCCUCCUCUCUUUCACAUGCACUUCAGAACCAGGAAUGUCCUUCUGGACGAGAAUUUUACAGCAAAAGUUUCUGACUAUGGAUUGUCUAAAUUGGUAACGGAGGAUCAUCAUGUGGGAUCAUCUUCAGCCAUCGACUGCUUUCUUGAUCCAGAGUUGAUUCGAACAAAUCGCUCUUCAGCAGAAAACGAUGUUUAUAGCUUUGGGGUCUUCUUACUAGAGUUGAUCAGUGGACAAGAAGCAAAUGGCAGAAAUCUGUCAAACGCAGACCAAAACUUAAUAUUACAGGCUAGAAGAAGCAGGGAUGUUGGGGACUUUAUGGAUAAGACAGUAGGGGACCAAACAGUGGAGGCUGCAAAAGAGAUGAUGGAAUUGGCAUUGCAAUGUGUAGAUUCUACUCAGAGGAGGCCAUCGAUGAGGCAUAUCGUUGUGGCGUUGGAAGGGAUUCAAGAGAGGGAAAUUAGUCGGCUGCCUUCUGAAUAUGAAAUAGGUGCUGUAACUCUUGGAAGUGAGCUCUUCACUUAAAUACAUAAUUCAUCUUCCACUCAUUCUUUAUUGGAUUUAUUAGAUUAUUUGGUUGUAACAUUGCAAGUUUACAGAAGAAAAUUCAAUUGUAAGUCAUAUUUUUAUAACAAAUAUGUUAUGAUCAAAUUUAAUUAUAGAUGAGAUAUUUUUAUCGCA